AUGGGAACCAUGAACCACUCGCCCCUUCUCCGCCUCUCGGCAGAGCUUCGCAACGUGAUCUACGAACAUACAUUCACCUCUCAAUACGCCGUAACACUGUGCUCGGGCAAAGUCCAACAUCCCUUGACCAAAACAUGUCGCCAGAUCCGACACGAGACACUGCCGAUGUACUACGCCGUGACAAAAUUCAACGCGCACCUUGAUGACGGACCCGCAACACCACUAGCAAAGUGGUUGAAAACACAGGCUCCGGAGUUGGUUCUGUGCAUGAACGGGCUGGUCAUCUGGAGCUGGAUCUCCGGGUUUGCGAGGAUAUUGUUAGAUGAUGACAAUAUGCGCAAUCUCAACUACACACUCCACGGAACCGAAUCGACCUCUCUUCUCCUUGAGACACAACCCGCACAAGGCAAGCACUACACGCUCCGGCCAGUGGGCAGCUGGAUCCUCGAAGGAGGCUUCCACCUGAAAGAAAUCUGCAUCGCUCUCCAAGAAAUUGGCCUAAGCUUAUCUCGUUUCUGCAUCACCGACGAGACGGGAGACUCGAGAUUCAGACUAACAAGCGAGUUCGCCAUCGUUGCCCUGAACCCUGUCCCUGUUGACUUGGCAGCGACUGAUGACCACAUCGGUGUCAACGAGGCAGCUCGACAGAUUGGACUGUCGGAUUGUGCUAGAGGGGAGUUGAUCCAGAGGGUUGCGAAUGGACAUAGGCGAGUGAGGCUGGUUGAUGGCCGACGUGUUUUGAUGUUUCAAUUUGCAGGGGAUCGAGGAAUCUGGUUGCAAGAUGUCAAGGAGAUGCUCUGA